AUGUUAUGCCAAACAAAACAAAAAACAAAAGAUCAAAAAAGAUUUGAACUUGUCGAGUUGUCAACUUUUCCGGAUGAAGUUUUCGAGCACGCACAACAAUUGGCAGAACAAUUGAGAGAUCAAGUAGCCGAAAGAAGAGAUUUCGAAUCAGAACGUCGUCGUAUCAAAGUCUUUGUCAGCCACCGGCUACGAGAAACUGCUGAAUAUUUCAUGGAAGCAUACGGUGAAAAAUGGAAAGAAGAAAAAUCGGCGGUUGAGAAACUGAAAUCACUUCGGAAUUAUAUGAUUGAGGAGUUGGUGAAAAUCGAUAAGCAAGAGGAGAUGGAUCAAAGUAAUUGA